AUGGCUUCCAGUUUCGUCUAUGGCGUCAACCAUGGCCAAAUCCGGCCGUUUGUCAAGCCCGCGGUAAACUUCGCCUCGGAAAAGAGGCUAGAGGGCCAUUUUCAUUCGCUCCCUGAGCUUAUUGACUUCAACGCUGUCCACAAUCCUUCUCACCCGUUUUGCAUCCAGGCGAAGCCCACUGAGCCCUUCGACACUAUCACACAUGCCGAGUUUAAAGUUGCUGUGUCUAGAUGUAUGGCUUGGCUUAAGGACAACAUCCCAAUUCGGGGGGUCGCUGGGAACAAGUCCUCAACAAAGAUGGCGCCCGUGGCCCUAUUCAUGGAAAGCGAUGUUGGCUUGGUGAUCUAUGAGUUUGCUCUCAUAAGCAUGGGCGUACCUCCCCUUGUUCUUUCUGCGCGUCUUCCACCAAUCGCCAUCAAUGCACUGAUGGAUGCGACUUCGGCUAGCUCGUUUAUUGUGUCUCAGCGCCUUAGCGAGCUCGCGAAACCAGCACUAGCAGCCCUGGCAUCCAAGGGCGUAUCAACUCACGUCGGUCGCCGCUACGAUGCCUUCUACGAGCCGCAGGCGGAUCCUUCUUCUGUACCUACCUUUGAGAAACCCGAGGACCCUGAUAGCAUUAUCUUGCUACUCCACUCGUCGGGAACAACAGGACUGCCAAAGCCCAUUCCUCUUACUCAUCGUCAACUACUUUUUGCGGUCAACUGCCACGGGUUUGACACCGAAGAGCAGGCACAGGGUUUGAACCUAUCCACUCUCCCUCUGUUUCACGGUUUCGGCCUCGUUGCUCCUGGUCUCUCUUUAUCCGCCGGAAAACCCACUCUGUAUCCCGUGAGUGACGGGAUACCAAACGCCGUCUCGAUUGUGGAGCUCGUCAAGAAGACCAAUGCGAAGUCCAUGAUGACGGUACCAUUUCUUCUCGACGCUAUUUCCGACCUUCCAAAUGAAGAGGGUAUCAAGGCGUUGGCGCACAUGGACUUUGUGGGAACCGGUGGUGCUGCGCUGAGCGCCGGCGUCGGUGACAAAUUGACGGCAGGAGGAGUGAAGCUCCUUAACUUUUACGGUACCACGGAAACAGGUCCCCUCUCUCUGACUUUUGCACCCACAGACUCCUACGACUGGAAGUUUUUCAGACUACGGACCGACAUGAAAUACAAGGUCACCGAACUAGAGCCCAGAGACAGCGAGAGAAGGUUCCGCCUUACCGUGUUUCCCUUUGUCGGCACAGAAGGAUUUGAGAUCGCAGAUCAGCUUGUCCGGAACGAGCAGUACCCUGAAACUGAUUUCGCUGCUGUUGGCCGGGACGACGAUGUCAUUGUGCUAGCAACUGGGGAGAAGGUUAACCCUCUGAUUCUUGAAACCACGUUGUCUGAAGCGCCAAUGGUCAAGUGCGCAAUUGCCUUCGGAGAGAACCAGUUCAAUCUAGGCGUCAUUGUCGAGCCCGCGGGAGCUCUUACUCCUCAGAAUGGGGGUAAUUUCCGUGAAACGAUCUGGCCCAUCAUUACUGCGGCCGGACAGAAGAUGGACACCUCAGCACGCAUUCCCUCGCCUGACGCCAUCAUCUUAGUUCCAAGUGAUAAGGUUAUCCCCAGGACCGACAAGGGCUCCAUUGCACGUAAGGAGACAUAUGCACUAUUCGAAAAGGAGAUCAAGGCUGUCUAUGAAAAGCUGCUUCAAGCUGCCACCGAGGCCACAGGACCCCUGGCUCUUGAUAACCUGGAGGAAAACCUCAAAGCCCUAAUUCAUGAGCACCUGAGGCUUCAAGCACCACUCUCAACCUGGGGAACUGACGAAAGUGUUUUUGACCUGGGCGUGGACUCUCUACAAGCUCUUCAGCUACGCAGAGUUCUUAUUGCCGCGGCCUCAAAGACGGAAGGUCUACGGGAUGUCAAUGUGGCCAAGAUGAUACCACCCCAGUUCAUAUACCUCAAUCCUUCGGUGUGCGACAUGGCGGCUGCGAUUACCCAAAGAUCAACUACCAACGCAGACUCGAUUGAAGAUGCUGUCAAAGAGGCAACAGAGCUUGCAGAUCUGUACAGCCCCCGUCAGGCCAUCGCGCAGCAGAAGCAGCCCAGCAGUUCUGACAAUGCUGUGGUGCUUUUGACCGGUAGUUCGGGAAGCCUGGGAUCACACUGCCUCGCGGACCUGGCUCGACGAAAGGGGGUAAAGCGUAUUAUUUGUCUCAUAAGAAAGGACAAGGGAACCAAUGCACCACCUCCUCCAGGUGGCGGACCGUUCGACCGCAAAGUCCUCAAAGUGAGAGGCCUGGAACUGACCGAGGAAGAAUGGUCCAAAAUUGUCACUCUCGAAGUAGAUCCAACAGCUGAACGUUUGGGGCUCAUGCCAAUGGUCUACGCUGCCAUGCAGGAGAGAGUCACUCACGUUAUCCACGCCGCUUGGCCAAUGAACUAUCUCAUUCGGCUGCGCUCAUUCCAGUACCAGUUCAAGUUCCUUAGAAGCUUGAUUGAGUUUGCAGCAGAGGGACCUAGUAACACGAAGCGGCGCUUUAUUUUCAUUUCAUCAAUUGCUGCAGUUGCCAGGGUCGGAUUGAGCAACGCCGGAUCGGUUAUUCCCGAAGCACCUGUAUUUCCCGAGGAUGCGGCAUGCGGCAUCGGCUACGCUGACGGAAAGCUCGUCUGUGAAAAGAUUUUAGAGCAAGCAGCACAGACAUAUGCAGGCGAGUUGGAGAUUACUUCUAUUCGCUGCGGACAGAUUGCUGGUGCCAAACUUACAGGGGUUUGGAACGCAAACGAACAGAUUCCCAUGCUGCUCAAGUCUGCUCAGAGCAUUGGCUACCUUCCCCAACUACCUGGCGACCUCUCUUGGACUCCAGUGGAUGAUGCAGCGUCGGUUGUCUCAGAAAUCACCUUCUCCUCGGGGGAACUUCCAAUCGUGCAUCACUUGGACAACCCCACGCGUCAGUCUUGGAGCGGCAUGGUUGAAACUUUCGGCAAGGGCUUGAAUUUGAACAAAACACCCGUGCCGUUUGAAGAAUGGCUUGACCAGGUUGCAAGCCCUGAGCAUGAUGACGAGCAAUAUCCUGUCAAGAAGCUUUAUCCAUUUUUCAGGCAUUUCUUUCAGGCUGUUGCCUGUGGGAAAGUGGUUUUGGGCACAAACGUGACAGUGGCUCGGUCCAAUACUUUACGCGACAUGGGCGCUAUCAAUGAAGCCACUGUUCAAGCCUAUGUCAAAUACUGGUUUAAUGUUGGGUACUUGAGCAAGUAG